GGAUGCAACUCGGGCACUCAAUGCCCGAUUGCUGGACCUGGAACAGGCUGUACCAGGACCAACUGCUGGGGCUUCCAGCAGUGCACCCUCUAGCCGCCAAAUGUAGGAACGCGUUGACCACAUCCUGGCAAUGCUCGGCGACAUUAACACCUUCGCUGCGCUGUCCACCAUCAACACUCAGCUGCAUACCUUGAAGACCGAGGUCCAACAACUGCAAUCGACGAAUGCAGAUGGCAAUCAGAAGAUGCCAACUUUCCAAAUGGAAAAGUUCGACGACUACAUGCAGCAGGAUCCGACCAUCUGGUGGGAGGCAUUCACGACGCAACUCAGGAUUCUGCCUGUCGCUAGGCACAAGUACAUCGGCGCCCUGUUCCUGAACUCAAAGGGCGGAUGCCAGACCUGGUUGACCCACCUGGCAACCUCCCACGCCGUCGACGUACCAGACCUCAAGGACAAGAUCACAUGGGAAGAACUGACACGGCUGUGGAAGAAGCGGUUCAUCGUCGACGACGCGCCGACACUCGCCAUCAACCGUUUGUUCACCAUGUCACAGGGCAACACUGCAACACGGGAUUGGCUCACAGAGUUUGAUCGAUGCCUUUCCGCACAGUUAGACGAGUGGGUGAAGUCGCCGCCACUGGAGAUAGUCCUUGCUGGGUGCGGUGAUGCUGGUCUCAUUCGUUUACUUGCGUCUUCAGCAGCGCAGUAUCAGAAUCUGUCCAUCCUAGAGAGGAUGACUUUGUUGGACAAGGUAGUAUCGCUUUUUGGCCUUCGUGGUAUUGGGGACGUUAUUUGUCAGCAGCAAAGUCGUUUGAGUGAUGACACCCAUCGCAUGAAUGCUGCUCUGUUGUCUACCUCCUCGAUCAAUUCCAUCAACGGGCAUGAGCCGGCAAACAGCAACAUAUCAACUGCUGACUCCCUGUGUGAAAAGAGGGAUUUGCUGGCGGUGGAUUCAUUCAAUGAGGAAUAUUCCUCUUCCACGAGGCUGGCACCGCCGGUAAACAGUGACCUGUGGCAUCAGAAAGUAGAAGGGAUUGCAGGUGGACCAAACCAGCAGCCAGCUGCUCCUGCAACGCUUGUCAGGCAGGACAUCAACCCGUCAGUUUCUGUCGGGGAACAGAAGUUAUCACUGGCACAGAAUGGAAGUGGUCCAGCAGCUGGGCAGGAUUCAGUGGUCGUACCUUCAAUAAACCCUGGAAUUGAGCGCCCAGUAGUUACAGCGCUGAUUGGUGCCAGUAAUGGUGUGCAAACAGAAGAUGCCCUCAUGACCUGUGAAAGCCCCCUUUCCGGUGAUGAGCCACUGGCAAAAAUUGCAUCUACCGACAAAGUCGAAGAAGGAUGCAAGUCCAUCGGCAGUUCACAGGACAUACGAAAGGAAAACGAGUCGUCUCUCCAGGGGUCUUCACAAUCGGAGGAGUGUGUGUGUGCUGACGUGUCAACAUUGUUGGAGUCAUCUGAAAGAGUGCUGGAUGAAACUGUAGGGUUGCGAGCGAGUCAGCAACCAAGUUCCGUGGAUCCAGAAGGAGCCCCUGGCCUCAAAGUGAACCCAUCACCGAUUUCCGGGGUCGACGGACAAACCGGAACAUGCCAGGAGUCAAACAGCAACAUCGGUGGAUGGCCUGCAGCGAAUUCGGCAUUUCAGCUGUCCUUUGCAGAACUGUCAGCAUUGCCAAAUUCGCUCCCUGUCUUCUUCACUGACAGCCAACAAGCUUUUGUCCCGGAUGGUUCUGUAGAACACUCAGGGGCUCGCUGGAGCGCUGACCAUGCAAAUGCGGCGUUAGAGGCCUCACAAGGUUUCCUCCUGGAAGGUAAUGAUGACAUGCUGAGCACGGUGAGCGAUCUGGAAGAGGCAGUCUGGAGUUCUCCUGGAGUGGAUGUGGAUCAUGCAAACGAUUUGCGGAGCACAGAGAUCGACACGUUGGGGGCUGGAGAUCCUUCUGUUUGCGACAGCAGUAGUGCCGACUUGAUUAGCACAAGAUCCUGCGGAGGUGACUUUAGCAGCGCUAAAAAUAUUGAUGGUGAUGAUGACGACUGUAGCCAUAUGCACCGGAGCUCUCGCGCUCCCUCCAAUGAGACAAACCAGAAAACUUCAUAUGAUAUGACGGAAACAUCUCAUUCGUAUUUGACUCGAUCGCCUUCAGGAGAUCUUCAGAGAGAGAUGUCAGCCAAUGAGCUGCAGGCCAGCUUGCACCCACUGGCUGAUGGAGAGUGUGACUCAGUACUGGUUCAACACUCUUCUUCUGAUGCUUCCUUGUCUGACGCACUGGUUACGAACGUUGAGGCAUUGGUUGUGGUCCUGGCAGCCUAUUCUCGUAAAGCAACCUAUUCCACUGAAGAUGACGCAUUUGGCAAACGGAUUUCCCUGACUGAUCCAUCUCUGACUGGCUCUGGGCUUCUUGAGGGACGGGCGGUGGAAGCUGGAGUAGGGAAAGGAUUUGUCUUAUCCGACGCCGCACACACUGUGCCUACGUGUCAAACGUCAGAGAGUGCAUCAAAGAGUGUUGGGUGUGUGGACAUUGCAGCAGUGGAUAUGGAACCCGAUGGAGAGGAAAGUGGCAUUGUCCUGGCUGCAGAGGACGUGGCAGUCAAAUGUGCUCGAUUGAAUAUGGAGUCCAGUGAGUCCAAUCCUUUGUUGUUCUCUAACGGUCAAAAAAAUCGCUCUGAUGAAAUGAUUCUCUCAGUCGAUGAUAUGGCGGCUGCUGAUGGAGCUGCUGACAUCGCUCAUGCCAGAAGUACGAGGUCAUGGAUAGAUUGGGAUCCCUACUGGGAACCACUAGAAGACAUCGGCUCGAAGGAACAUCCUUCCAUCAAACAGGAUGCCGCUGAAAUAGCAGCCUUACAUAGCGAUAUUCUUGAUGAUGAUCCGUCUCUGACURGCUCUGGGCUUCUUGAGGGACGGGUGCUGGAAGUUGGAGCAGGGAACGAAUUUGUCCGAUCCGAUGCCGCACGCACUGUGCCUACGUGUCAAACAUCAGAGAGUGCAUCAAAUAGUGUUGGAUGUGUGGACAUUGCAGCAGCGGGUAUGGAACCCUAUGGAGAGGAAACUGGCAAUGUCCUGGCUGCAGAGGACGUGGCAGUCAAAUAGGACGUGGCAGUCAAAUGUGCUCGAUUGAAUAUGGAGUCGAGUGAGUCCAAUCCUUUGUUCUUCUCUGACGGUCAAAAAAAUCGCUCUGAUGAAAUUAUUCUCUCAGUUGAUGAUAUGGCAGCUGCUGAUGCAGCUGCUGACAUUGCUCAUGCCAGAAGUACGAGGUCAUGGAUAGAUUGGGAUCCCUACUGGGAACCAUUAGAAGACAUCGGCUCGGAGGAACAUGCUUCCAUCAAUUGGGAUGUCGCUGAAAGAGCAGCCUUACAUAGCGAUAUUCUUGAUGAUGAUCAGAAGGCAGAUCACCUGGAAGCAGCAAUAGAGGCCGGUUCUGGCUGGCACGAAUCUGUUUCUCGGUGCAUGGUGGAAGGUCCAGCAGUGGAGGGGGAUGUCAAUGCAUUGUCCGACGUGCCAGGUCUGUCGAUUGACAGAGACCACUACGUUCCGGACAGGGAUAUGGCAGUCGUCCGUCCAGAAGAUAACCUGUCCUUUGAUGAACCUGAAGUCAAAUUCCAUCGGGGCCUGGAGAAUCACGGGGUUUUUCUGCGAAGUGGUGUUGAUAUCAAGCAAGAGGAACGGGGAAGGGCAAACAAGGAACGGCAAGUAGCAGGAAAAACAGCAGGUAACGGAACGAGGAGCAGUGUGGAAAAAGCAUCUGUUGGGUCAGAAAGAGAAUUGUCCCCGCAGAGCCAGCUAUUGCUUUCCAGCGAGGACUGUGCUAAGCAGAAGCAAGAAGGGGUCUCCCCAUCAUUAGUUGACGGUUUUCAGUUCACAGGUUCGGUCCAUUUGGAGCUGAGCACACCAGACACAGUGGCUAGAGCGGUAUUUCAUUCAACAGAAAUGCAGGGAGACGACUUUCCAUCUUUCGUUGAUGCUUCAAAUGAUGGGAUUAACCUUCUCCAGAUUCACAGGCAGCAGCGGGAGCAAUACUGUGGAGCGAGGAAUAUAGAUGGUGCUGUUGCUACCACUGCGGACGAGGGUUUAGAGUCACAGGCAAAAACGACGUCUCUCACUGAGUCUAAAGGAUCAGAUAUCGAUGGAAACAGAAUGAUAAAUGAGGCAGUGGGGGUGAUAUCUGAGGAGGAGAGGGGAGAAUGUCUUGCAAGGACUGACACAGGUGCAGCAGCCAGACAGCUCCUGGGAACAGAUGAGAGCCCAAGAGCUCGACGCACUAGAAGGAAAAAGCUGAACGACUCUCACUCUAGGAAUCAGGAUGUGGAACGUAUGGAUGGGACUGCUCAGGGCGCUUCUCAGCAAGAGUCGAUGGCUGUUUUGUCUUCGAAGAAUGAGAAAGAAGAGAAGGAAGGCGGCAGCGAAAUCGAUGAUGCCAACGAGUAUAAAGGACCAGCUGUUGAUCACAACAGAAUGACAAAUGAGACAACUGGAGACCUGGCAGCGGUAGUAAUAGUUGAGGAGGAGAGCGGAGAAUGUCUUCCAAGUAGUGGAACAGGUGCGGCAGUUAUUCAGCACCUGAAAGCGGACGAGAGCCCAAGAGCUCGGCGCACUGGAAUGAAAAAGUCUCAGGACUCUGAGUCCAGGAAUCCGGAUGUGGACAGUAUGGAUUGGACUGCCCAGGGCAUUUCUCAGCAAGAAUGUAAAGCUGUUUUGUAUUCGAAGAAUGAGAAAGAAGAGAAGGAAGGUGGCAGCGAAAUCGAUGAUGUCUGGAAGCUGGACACGUCGAUGAAGUCCCUGAAAUGCUUCACUGUCAAGCAGAGGUCAAAACUGAUGGCUGCCGGAUUUUACACGUUGCGGUCACUAGUGGAGCACUACCCAAGGAUGUAUGUUCAGUACCGACAAGGUGCGCAAGAAAUACAAGACGGUGAAUACUUGAUGGUUCUCGGAAGGGUUGAAAAAUCAAUGGGAAGGGCGUUUCGAGGAAGUUUGGGUGUCAUUGAGAUAGUCAUAUCAUUGUAUGGCGAAGACGCUGCUGCUAUGGAAGAUGAGAUGGCCUCUUCAUCCACUGCAUCGCGCGACCCUGCCUGUGACAAUGAGAAGAGUGGACGGAAAGGCGCUAAGGUUGGUGAGGGUCCGACAAAGCCGACCAGAGUGCAUUUGAAGCGGUUCUUUCGAGGACGUUAUGCUCAGCGUGGUUUCGUGAUGGGGAUGGCAGCCAAGUAUCCAGCAGGGACUAUGGUUGCUGUAAGUGGAAAGGUGAAAAUGAUGGACUCGGGAAGUAACUUUGAGAUGAAGGAGUUUGUUAUUCGCAUUGUUAAUGAUCCAAGGGAGGAGAGAGAGCAUGUGGGCGAAAAGGCAGAAGAGUCUGAUGUUGCAGCAGCAUUUGUUCGCUCCAGUCCUCCAAAGCAAUCAGAAGAAGCGUCUGAAGGGGAUUGGAAUACAGAGCUUGAUUGGAUGGAGGAGGGAAAGUUGCACAAAUCCUCAGAAAUACAUCAACCGACACCCAUCUAUUCAUCAAAAGGCAGCCUUUCUGCCCGAAUUAUCGGGAAGCUAAUCAACAGGACUCUGAAGUUGGUUCCAGAAGAUGUUGAUCCCAUCCCAAAGGAGGUGUGCAAAAUGUACGGCUUAAUGAAUCUCUAUCAGGCUUACCAGGCAAUUCAUCGUCCAGCUUCGAAAGAGGAAGUGGACUCUGCACGUCAGAGACUGGUUUUUGAUGAAUUCUUUUACCAGCAGUUAGCGAAGCUUCUGCGGCGGCAGCUAUCUGAUGAAUCCAUUCUACUUGCAGCAGGUGUUAGCGCUGAUGACAGUGAGGGAUUUCUUGCAGUCAGUGGCAGCAACUCCAGCCACUCGAGUGUUCCACCGUCCGAGUGGUCACUGUUGGCUCAGCGGUUGCUAGCAUGCUUGCCAUUCAGAUUGACAAAGUCGCAGCAACUAGUGACAGCGGAGAUCAUUGGGGACUUGCACAAGCCUGUGCCCAUGAGCCGGCUUCUGCAGGGAGAUGUGGGAUGUGGCAAGACAGUCGUUGCAUUCCUUGCACUGCUUGAAGUCAUUUCUGCCGGUUUUCAGGGCGCAGUAAUGGCUCCAACGGAGUUUCUUGCAUCACAACAUUUCCAUCAAUUCAAGGCCUGGCUUGCCCUUAUGGACGAGGAUAAGGUGCCACGGCUGGAGUUACUGACAGGGUCAAUGGCGGGGAGGAAAGGCCGAAUCAUCCGCCAGGGUCUACAGAGCGGGGAUAUAUCGUUGGUGGUGGGAACCCAUAGUUUGAUUUCUGAGGGAACAGAGUUCUGCAAUCUGGGAAUGGCUGUAAUUGAUGAGCAGCAUCGUUUUGGUGUAGAGCAGCGUGCAAGACUUAACAGAAAGGGUCGUGGUCCGAUCCGAUCAAAUGAUGUGGGAUCUGAAUCUGAUGAAGCUGUUUUAAAAGGGGCCAGGGAAGGAGGGUCUGGUGUAUUGGUUGGUCCGUCGCCACAUAUACUAGCCAUGUCUGCAACACCAAUUCCUCGCUCUCUGGCCCUUGCUUUGCAUGGUGAUAUGUCAUUGAGUCAGAUUGAUGAAAGACCACCGGGACGAUCUGCUGUGAAGACAUAUGUUCUGGAAGAUAGACCUGAAGAGCGAGGCAAGGCCUAUAAGAUAGUCCGUGACGAAGUGAAAAAUGGGGGUCGUGCAUUUGUCGUCUACCCACUGAUCGAGUCGUCUGAGUUUGCUCAGGAUUUGCGGGCUGCAGUGGUGGAGUACGAGAGGUUGCAGAAUGACGAAUUUAGUGGGCUCAAGUGUGGGCUGGUGCAUGGACGACUGCCGGCAUCAGAGAAGGAAGAGACAAUGAAGAGCUUCAAGGAAGGGGACAUGGAUAUUUUAUUUUCGACGACUGUUGUUGAGGUUGGCAUUGAUAUCCCUGAAGCCACUGUGAUGCUCGUGGAGCAUGCUGAACGUUAUGGGAUGGCGCAACUGCACCAGCUGAGAGGCCGAGUUGGGCGGGGAGAUCGACCUUCAGUGUGUAUUCUUCUUGUAUCUUCCUCCGGAUCGUUGCGACGGUUACAAACUCUCGAAAACUCUCAAGAUGGUUUCUAUCUUGCCGAAAUGGAUUUGCAGCAUCGUGGCCCAGGUGAAUUGCUUGGGAAAAGACAGAGCGGUCACCUCCCAGAGUUUGCUCUAGCAAGGUGGGAGACGGAUGGACCCUUGAUGGAAAUGGCACGAUCAGCAGCAGCACACUUGUUAUCGACCCAUCCAGGGCUGCACGACCUGCCAAGACUCCGGCAAGAGCUACACGUCCGCGUGCCAUUGGUAGAAGCAAGGAAUUGAAGAAGGAAGUCAUGCGAGAGAGAGCCUCCUCCCUCCUCUCCCUGCACGUGCCAUUGGUAGAAGCAAGGAAUCGAAGACGACAUGCAAGAGAGAGCCUCCUCCCUCCUCUCCCUGCCAGCCACACUGAAAGGGUAUUUCCGCAAGUUUCCAGUUGGCGGUGUCAAAUAGUCAAUUUUUGAAUUUCUGAAUUUUCGAAUUAUUGAAUUUUUUGAAUUUUCCCGUUGAUGAUGAAAAAUUUUGGACGGCGAUGGAGUCAUCGGAGUGUGAAGUUUUAUUGAACUUUUCGAUAUUUUUUUUUCGAGUGAAAAUUUGAAACCGAUCGGAAGAUUAUUUCCGUCUGAUGGUCGAAAGAGAGCUGGCAAAUUGUCGAGCUUCACGAAUGCAUGUUCAGCAUUGGUAGUGACUCUAGUGAGUAGCCGGCUAAAGUUAUAUUUGUUGUUGGUGGAUUUUUUAUUACCCACGUUUGUAGGUGUAAGGGGGGGUAGAGUAGGAUGGAUGAACAAGAUUAGGUAGCAUAGCACAUUUCGUCAGCAGAACAAAACGUAGGGCCUGGAUCCACUACGCACAACGUUCCAAAAGAAUCUGGACUAGAAUGUUGACCAGAUACAUUUGGACUGAUUGAGUAUUUUGAAAGAAUUGGACCCCUCUAAUAGGGUCAAGAUACAUUUAGUAGGCUGUGUAGUGGAGUGAGGCCUAGAGUAGGAUGAUGGAUAGAAGAUUAUGGCUCCACUACACACAAGGUUCCAAAAGAAUCUGUGUAGUGGAGUGAUCAAGCAUAUUUUUAGUGCAUCGACGACCUCUAACAGGUCCAGAUACAUUUGGUAUGCUGUGAAGUGGAGCAAGGCUCGUACUUUGUUGUAGGGUUUAUUACCUAUUCUUUAGUAGAUGAUCUAUGCUGUUGUAGUCUUGUAGAGGAUUUGAUGUCAAGCACACACCUCAUUCCAAAUUUCUGUCUGUCAAUCUCCGUCACACACGGUCGCACAGUGUGUGACGCUCUCCACGUAAAUUUGAUCCUCGGA